UCCUCAAUAUUCUUGCUAACAUCUUGCGAUACAGAGCUCGUGCGAGUAGUCCGGAAGCUCUUCCGAACUCCGUUCAUUUACCGAAGUCGCGCUCAGCUCAAUUGCAAGUCGAAUUUGCACUGCACUGCGACCUGCGGAGCGGUUUACCGAACAUCUCAUAUCACGAGACAACCACCGCCUGGUCACAUUAGCCAGCAUAAAGUGCGGGGAGGUCAGUCUGCCUCUCCGGACACAGCAGCGCCAGUACUUGGACUGGCCAGAGCAAUUCAGCGGUCCCACCCGGGAUUUCCAGCGCCCACAAUCUUCUGCUAGCAAUACAGCACAAUAGCUGAGACAUCUACUUCUGUCAAGAUGGCAGCUACUUUUUCAUACGCGCAGGCUGCGAAGGGCAUUUCAAGUCCUGUCUCUGUUAGCAAGCCUGCUUCUGGCUCGACAACGCCGGCUAAGGACGAUGCUUCCAAAAUCCCGCUCACUUCGACCAACAAAGUCAACAACUGGGCCGAUGAUGCCGAGAACGAAUCCGCGAACGAACACGCAACGUCGAAUGGCGACCUCCAAACCCCAUCCUCGAAGCCUUCGAAUUCCACCGAAUCCCUCGAGGCGUCUACCACCGACCUCGAUUCUCUGUCUGCUUCCACAGUGACCAAGGACGACGACGUGUCUUCACAGCCGAACAUGUCUUCCGAGUCGACGUGGGAUAAUAAAUCACAGGCCUCCACUUCAGUCGAUAAGACUGUUGAGCCUGUACAAAAGACUUCAGAGAAGCCGGAAAAGAGCGAAAAGGGCAAGAAGGGAAAGAAGGGCGAGAAGGGCGAGAAGAAAGAAGCCGAGAAGGAGAAGGAGCCACCGAAGCCUCUCAAGGAAGCACCCCUGCCAACAGUCAAUAUCUGGCAACAGCGCGCAGAUCAACAGAAGUCUCAGGCGAAGCCUACAGCGUCGCCCCCCACGAAUGGCGUGUCCAAGAAGGGCACUCCCGAGGGGAGACCAUCCACGGCUGAGAUCAAGUCCAAAGCCCGCGAGGAAGACAAGACAGCUUCUCCGCGAAAGGACACGAAGGGAGACGCCGAGAAGAAGGGAGUGAAGGGCAAGCCAUAUGAUAAGGACCAGAAACCGGCGUCAAGCGCUAUGCCACUACCGCCCAACCAGGACGAGGAGGCAUGGCCAACACCCGAGACAGCAGUCGACGAGGACCGCAAGAAGGCUCACGAGAAGAGCGAGAAGGAGCGCAAGGACAGCGCGCCAAACGGCUCUGCAGGCAAACACGAGUGGGUCAAGGUUCCAUAUACCCCGUCUGUGGUCUUCAACACCCCGCUGCCCAAUGCUGCAAACUCGCGUAGAGGAGGUAGACCUGGAGGUCGUGGUGGAGCACAGUCGAACGGCAGGCCUGCUGGAUUUGGCGCCAACGGUGUUGCGACAUCCGAGAACCCUUCGACUGCAGAGGCUGUAUCCAAUGGCGAGCAGCCUAAGCGCGAAGUGAAUGGCGUCGCCGGAGAUGCAUCUCCCAAGUCAAAGCGUUCAGGCAGUGCCACCUCGCCAACGCUCAAAGAACACGUACCUGCAGUCAACGGAGAGAAGACUGUGAAGGGAGCCGGCGCCGCACCUUUCGAGCCCGAGGCACCCAAGCGCGCCUCUACCACAACAGACGUAUCCAACCAGAAUGGUACGUUGCCUCGUCAGUACUCGAGCAGGUCUGGUAAGGGUCGCAGGGGCGACUUCAACGGCUCUGAACGAAGACGGGAUGGUGAUGCAUCCCCCACCAAGGACGCCGCUCAUACUGAUAGCUCUGAGAAUGAGCGACGGACGUUUGAUGGGUCAAACGGCGUCCACCCCAAGCAGGGCCGUUACAACAACUCGUAUGCUGGCGGCCGGGAUAGACCCCGUGGUGGCGGUCGAGGAGGACGAGGUGGAUUCUCCAACGGUGGCCAAUUCACUAACGGACAUGCUCAGCAGAGCAGCGGCUCAUUCUCGAUGGGCCCCGGCUCUCCGACCACAUUCAACCCAGGAAACAAUGCUUUCUUCACAGCGCCCCAAGGCAAAUACGGUCGCAACAGCCACCGCUCACAAUCUGUUGCUGAAUCAUUUCGAUACCCCGCCUUCCACGGUGCUCAGCAGCUGCCUUCCGUGAAUACAUUCAAUAUGUACGACUACAACAUGGUGGCGCCCAUGAGUGCUGCGCCCUUCAACCCCUAUGGUGUCGAUCAGUUCGCUUUGUUCCAGAUGAUCACAACUCAAGUUGAAUAUUACUUCUCGGUUGAUAACCUGCUGAAGGAUUUGUAUCUGCGAAAGCACAUGGAUUCGCAAGGAUUUGUGUCUCUCGACUUCAUCGCUGCAUUCAAUCGCAUCAAGAGCUUAAGUACCGACAUCGAGCUCCUCAAGCUGGUUUGCCAGCAGUCGAGCAACGUACAAUACCGCACUGGCGAGGACGGCCGUGACAGGCUUCGUCGCCGCGAGGGUUGGGAGCAGUGGGUCCUGGGCAUGGAUGAACGAGACGAGUCCGCCCAGAAUGAGGGCCCAAAGGAGCUGCGCAACCCUCCCGUCCCCAACCCUGCUGGCUUUGAUCAGUCAAACCCCCCUCAGUACCCGACAAUGAGCACCGGGUUUGGCAAUGAUGUCACAUACCCCCAACAUAACCCGUUCGUUCCAAAUGCAUCUCAAGAUGCCGCUGCGGCCCCUACCGAAGACUUGGUCAACGGUACCUCGCCCGAAGGCGCGAAUGGCACAAAUGGUCACCCGAUCGAGGAAUCAAUCAAGGCUGUAAGUAUAGAUCCUCAUUCAUGUCUACACUGCAAGCGGAAAGUUUGAUGGUUGUUGCUCGCAAACAAAUCCAGUCACUAGCAGUUUUACCCCCCUAGCUGUACAAACUCUUUCUAAUACAUGCAUCGAUAGUAAAGUAGUGGUGUAGAUGAACUGAAC